AAUAAUACACCAUUCAACUAUUUGAGCGUUGAAACUUGAAACAGAGAGAAGGAGGAGUGGUAAACAGAAGUUUCCGAUAUUUGGGAAGUUGCUGCCCUCGAAAGCUAAGAAUUUAUGUAAUUUGACAACAACAAAGACAUAUUAGAUCGGAAGAUUUGAAAGAUUUGAGCUUUGUCUCAGCGCCAAGUCAUCUCUUCCUUCUUCCCUCCUCCUUCUUUCAAUUCCCACUAAACCCCCAAUCCAAUCGCCCAUAUCUUCACCCAAUCUUCACAGGAAACAGGGAAAACUAGAACCCUUAAACCGAUUGAGCUUGAUUCCGCUAUUUCGAGUUUUCGAUUAGUUAGCUACCCAUUUUGCUUUGGUUAGUGUGGUGGGCAACUCAGUUUGCUUAAUUUGGGAUAUACAUACAAACUGGGGAACUGAGACUGGUUCUGAAGUUUGAACAUAGGGCUGGUUAAAGAUAGUGCAUUGUUGGGGUUGUAUUGUUGAAGAUUGAACUUGAUGGAAGUGGAUGGAAGUGCCUCAACAGUUUCUAGGGGUGCUCAAUCAAUUCCACGGCAAACCAGGCGACAGAAGGCUUUUUAUCAAUUUCAACAGCAGAGUCUACCGGCUUGUAAACCCGUCCUCACACCAGCAUGGGUGAUUACCACAUUUUUAUUGAUCGGGGCCAUUUUCAUACCUGCGGGGCUUAUUACUCUUAACGUCUCCCAGAAUGUUGUGGAAAUUGUGGACCAAUAUGAUGCGGAAUGUGUACCAGAGGCAUUCAAGAGUAACAAGGUGGCAUAUAUCAAAGAUAACUUAAUUCCUAAAAACUGUUCUCGGUACUUGAAGGUUUACAAGGACAUGAAAGCUCCAAUUUAUAUCUACUACCAGCUUGAUAACUACUAUCAAAACCACCGACGGUAUGUCAAAAGUAGAAGUGAUCAGCAGCUUUUACAUGGAUUGGGGCACAAUGACACAAGCUCCUGUCAACCUGAGGAGUCCAACAAGGAUCUUCCCAUUGUUCCUUGUGGCUUGAUAGCAUGGAGUUUGUUUAAUGAUACAUAUACUUUUAUUCGCGGAAGAUCAGAAUUAAAAGUCAACAGGAAGGACAUAGCUUGGAAGAGCGACCGUGAUCACAAAUUUGGGAAGCAUGUAUAUCCCUUUAAUUUCCAGAACGGGACCUUGAUUGGUGGUGCAAAGCUAGAUCCAAAAAUUCCUCUAAGCGAUCAAGAAGACCUUAUUGUAUGGAUGCGGACAGCUGCGCUCCCCAGUUUCCGGAAGCUGUACGGUAGAAUUGAAGAGGAUUUGGAUGCAGAUGAUGUUCUAGUAGUGAAUCUAACGAACAACUACAAUACUUACAGUUUUGGUGGAAAAAAGAAGCUUAUCCUUUCAACAUCAAGUUGGUUAGGAGGAAAGAAUGACUUCCUUGGACUUGCCUACACUUUUGUUGGUUCAACUUCCAUAUUCAUUUCUGUUGUCUUCUUGUUGCUGCAUGUGAAAUAUCCAAGAACUCUUUAAUCUCCAUAAUUGGGUUGCCUUCUCAACUUUGCACUGCCACCGGUUGUCAUACUCAUUCUGCCCUCUGCUAUGGAAAGAACUUAUCUCUCUUGGAACAAGAAAACCAUUUCCAGCAGAAGAGGUGAUGAUACUUUUUGAAUAGUUUGAAUCAAGUGGAAGUAAUGUAACCUCAACACACACACACGAAUUAUUGAAAUCUCAAUCGAUUAGUGUACUAGGAAAAAUAGAAAGGGGAUCUAUUUUUCUUCUUCUUCUUCUGUGAAAUGUAAGAAAAACAGCGUGUGAGCUAGUUACGUGUUGUACAUGCACCGUCAUUUUUCUCUGUAUCCUUGUACUAUAUGGUGAAAAUUUAUUUCGGGUGAAAUGCAGGAGACCAUUGGCUAAAAACCAUCAUGCAAAUUUAGUUUUUAGACAUGUUCAAACAUGGAUUUGCUUGCAUUAUAUUGGUUGGUUUACAUUUCCAAAACCUUUCCUUCCUUUCCCUAUUUUUGGAACCCUAAUCAUUUGAGCCCUAUAUAAUCCAUGUCACUCUAUCCCAUUGAUUCCCAAUUGAGAAACACAAAAUAUUGAAGAUCAUUUCCCCACACCAUUGGUUUGCUAGUUCCUUCAAAACCUUUCUUCAAUCCUCCUCCGAAACUGAUUAAACCCUUCACCCGAAAAGAAGACGAAGAAGAAGAAGAAGGAACUAGCAAGUGAUCUUCAAAAGCAAUCUUUAUAUAAAGACUGCUUUUGAGAGAGAUAAAAUGAAGAAGGGGUUCAAGAGCAUGCAGAACUGGGGAGAGGUUGCACCGGCGGCCAUUUCGGUAUCCCACCGCAGAAAAUCUUCCAGCUUUACAAAACUAGAGCCCAUAAUCGAAGAGGGGUCGGAAGGGAGCUUCGAAAUUGGGCACAAGGGGGUGUUCUUCAAUGCUCUUCCUUUGCUCCUCUCUGGGUUUAUGUACAUCUUCUUGUUCCAGGAAUUUGUGGUUUGACAUAUAUAUACAUAUAUAUAUGGUGCAUGAAAGCAUAUAUGUGGAAAGUAGAAGAUAUGAGAUCUCUAGAGCAAAUUCAUGCAUGUCAUGUGUUAGGAAGAAAUAUUCCAUUUACUUCAAACAAACAAUAUGUUGCAAUGUGAGGCAUGGAUCUGUUUUUAGCCAAUUUUUUUUGUAUUAGUGCCAUUAAUUAAUAUAAGAAAUUGGCUUCCCACAA